GAUGCAAAAUAUGAAUCAAAUUCUGGAACCCAGUCGAUGUGAACCAGCUAGAUACGACUAUAAGAAAUCGUCGUAUGCGGAGAUUUAUGAUGUGUUACAAUCCUUACGCCAAGAUGAGAUUCUUUGUGAUAUUAAACUAGAAACAGACGAUGGUGGAUUUAUAUUCGGCCACAAAGUAGUUCUAGCAUCGGCUAGUCCAUAUUUCCAUGCAAUGUUCACAAAUUUUUCAGAAAAAAAUCAAGAUCUCGUUACUAUCAGACAGUUGGACUACAGUGCUCUACAGCUCUUAAUAGACUUUGUUUAUUCUGGGAAAAUCUCCAUCACUGAAAAAAAUGUGCAGAUUUUGUUGCCAGCAUCGAAUCUUUUGCAAUUACAAGAAGUCAAAAACGCAUGUUGUGAUUUUCUACAGGCACAACUAUGUCCUACAAAUGUUAUUGGGAUAAAUUUGUUAGCUGAUUUACAUGGAUGUAUGCAAUUGUCAACAAGUUCAGAAUUAUAUAUUCAACAACACUUUUCUGAUGUGGUAGAAGAAGAAGAAUUCCUGUCCUUGUCAUCCGAGCAAAUAGUUAAGUUGAUCUCCAGUGAUGAACUUACAGUUCCAUCUGAAGAAAAAAUAUUUGAAAGUGUUAUUCGAUGGGUAAAACAUGAUUUGGAUUCUAGAAAACGAAUUUUGCCCCAAUUAAUAGAACAUAUGCAUUUACCGUUAACAUCGAAAGGUUACAUAUUAAAAAAUGUGGUUGAUGAACCUCUUCUUAAUAAUUGUUUUAAAUGCAAAGAUUACGUACUUGAAGCAUUGCGUUUUCAUUUACUUAAGUCAGAAGAACUUAUCCCAAUCCCACAUAACAUCCGGACUAAACCUAGACAGCCUGGUGGUACACAUAAAGUUAUUUUAGUGGUUGGUGGACUAGGGAUCAAUCGCAACAUUUUAAAUAGUACAGAAUGGUAUGACCCAAAAAUCAACAAAUGGCAGUAUGGACCAAAAAUGAUUACACCACGAUACGCUGGUGGUCUAGUUGUAGUAAAUGAUAAUUUUGUGUUAGGUUUGGGUGGUUCAAAUUCUAAAUCAACUUUACAAUCAAUUGAUGGGAUAGAUUUAACUUCAGAAUCAUCUCGUUGGAGACCAACCUACGACAUGUUAGUUGAACGACGAUGGUUUGGAGUUGGUGUGAUAAAUAAUUGUAUAUAUGCCGUUGGCGGUCAUGAUGGAAAUAGUUAUUUAAACAGUGCAGAAGUUUUUGACUGCAGAACUCGAAAAUGUCAUACGAUAUCUAAUAUGUUUACAAAACGAUUUGGUCAUGGGCUUGGAGUACUGAAUAAUCUUUUAUAUGUGGUAGGAGGUCAAUUCGAGAAAUCUGUCGAAUGUUAUCAUCCCAGUCUUGAUAAAUGGACACCAAUUGCAGACAUGUGUGUACGCCGCAGUGCAGUGGGUGUUGGAGUUGUAGAUGAUGUACUUUAUGCUGUAGGUGGUUGUGAUGGACAUCAGGUUUGGAGUAGUGUCGAAGCAUACAGUCCAAGUACAGGAGUUUGGACUAAUAUUCCAGACAUGCAUUUGUGUCGACGUAGUGCUGGAGUAGCAGUAUUAGAUGGUUUAUUGUAUGUCGUCGGUGGUCAGGACGGAGCUUCUGUUCUGGAUUCUGUAGAAUAUUACAACCCUAACACUAAUAAAUGGACCAUGGUCACAGCGUCAAUGAAUGUUGCAAGGAGAUAUGCAGGAGUUGUUGCCAUCGAUAGGUCACGUGUUCGAAUGUUUUGUGAGAAGGUUUUUUGUACCUACAGUAUAAAUUGAUAGCCAAUGAGAAGCUUAUACCAUAACUCAAUGGCUAAGAGGCCAAAUGUUGUACGACCAAUUUUUCUCAAAAUCAUUUUAUAAGUCUAUAUUAUAGGACUAUUCUUAUAUAAAUAAAUUCUUAUAUGAAUAUUAAGCGGACUAAUUUUACAAGUCUGAACUUGCUGGUUUUGUCAAAAACAAUUCAUACAAUAUUUUGGACUUGUUAUGUUUUAAAUAAUAUUGAAUAAUAUGUAAAAAUAUACACGUAAAAAAUGAUUACGUCCGGACAUAUUUGUAAUAUGUAAUAUUUAGAUUCAAAUAAAAACACGUGAUAAUAUUAGUCACGAAGGGCCAUAUGGAAUGCGGGGAGAUUACAUAUAUAUAUUAAUAUACACACACUUUUUACAAACACAUACGCGACACGUAUAGCACAUAAAAUAUAAUAUUCAACACCUCUCCGAUCUGACGUUUAGUAAAAAUUAAAAUUUUCACAUGUCGAAACCUAAUUUUAUGAUUCGUCUCUCAUAUCGGCAAAUUUUUUUCGUAUUAAUAUUUUAAUGAUGUGACUUCAUCCAUAGUAAACCCAUAGUAUUUAAUGUGCAUACUAGAAAUAAAAGGAUAAUACAAUGUAAAUAUAGAAUACGUUAUCAAGCUAAUCGGCAUUAAAUACUAAGUAUUGAAAUGUUUUAUACAAUGUUUUAUAUUAUCCAACAUUCCCAGAAACACAAAAACGAAUUAAGAAAACCAUCGUCAAGAGUA